UUCAUUGUGUGACUUUGUGGGCAUUUACUGAGUUUCAGACCGAGAUGCAGCUCUUGAAAGCGCUAUGGGCACUAGCAGGAGCAGCGAUCUGCUGUUUUCUUAUAUUUGUCAUCCACUCACAGUUUCUUAAAGAAGGUCAACUGGCUGCAGGUACAUGUGAGAUUGUUACUUUGGACAGAGAUAGCAGUCAGCCCCGAAGGACUAUAGCCCGACAAACAGCUCGCUGUGCAUGUAAAAAAGGACAGAUUGCCGGUACAACAAGAGCAAGGCCAGCCUGUGUUGAUGCACGAAUUAUCAAAACAAAGCAGUGGUGUGAAAUGCUUCCAUGUUUAGAAGGAGAAGGCUGUGAUUUGCUAAUCAAUAAAUCAGGCUGGACCUGCACACAACCAGGGGGACGGAUAAAGACAACCACGACUGAAGACCAGCUGGAAAUAUCCUGAGGCCAUGAUCUAGUGGUCUGAGCUUGGGACUGGGAGCCAGAAACUCCUGAGCUCUAAUCCCGGCUCUGACAGUGACUCCCUCUGUGG